AUGGAGCCAUCACUCGAAGAGCUGAAUGUGGCAUCUUCCCCGUCCGAAGCCCCACCGCUCUUCCCCGACGCCGUCCGCUCCUACGAAAAGUUCGCCCUGUCCCUCCAGGUCCUCCAAAAGUCCGCCUUAGAGAAAGAAGCGGGACGAAGCCAACGCAUACUUAGAAUACUUGACCGAGGCCUUGAGCAAGGCUAUGGCACUCAUGACGCCCAAUCUCGCUGCGAUGACGAUGAGCAACGCCACUGGGCGAAGUACCUCCCCGGCCUUUUGCAACAUGCGCGGAAUUGCUUUGAGGAUCUUCGAGCGCAAUGCGCUGAGCUAGGGUGGGGCUUGAAGGCAGAUUUCGAGGAGCGCAAGGCACAAAUCAGCAUGAUCGAAAAAAUCGAGGCGCUUCUAGAAGCCGGCUAUAACGUCAUGUUGGCUGGGCAAACGAUUUUGAACCUUGCACUUGUCGCAUUGGAUAGCAAGAAGAAGACAAACCUUAGAGUACCCUCGCAAAGCCCGCUCACAGACGCCAUGGUAGCCUGCGAGGAGCUCACGGACGCCAUGAAACCGCUAGACUCUAUCCUCGACACCAUACUCGAGGAUUCGGCGCUCGUCUACAAAGGCCGCCUGAACGAGGGCGACUCUCAAAAGGAAGCCUCCAAUAUGAGUAUUCGAAUGCAGCAACUCCGUAUGCUGGAAAGCAUGUGGGAGGCGCUGGAGCAGGCGCAGGAGUGUCGGAAAGGGGUGGUACUUUACUGGCGUGCGGUGCAAGUGUUUUCAAGGCAUAGAGGCGGAGUGGAUAAGGAGGAUUUUGAGGUGCUUGAUAGGGAUAAGGAUGACCUUGAGGCGAGGCUGAAGACGAUGGAAGAUAGUAUGCUUAAGGCUGCAAAGGGUGUGCUGAAGGGGUGGGGUGGGGCUUGA